AGGUCAAAAGGACUCACCUUGUGCCUGUGCCAGUCUGAGAGAGAAGGUGCAACACAAUAUGCUCCAAAGAAUCAGGACUUUCCUAGGAAAUUGGGGGAAAAAAACAAAUAACAUUGAGCGGUCAGUGGAGGAGAGGUGGUGGGAGAGACUGAAGAGAAAACGUCUGAAAAGAUUGUUAAUUGCUAUACAUGCACAUUGAAACUUUGCUAAAACGGCACACCUGGCUCCUGUGACGUGAGUAAACGUGGAAUGCGUAGGAAACGACUUCCACAUCUGGCGCCCAACGAAAAAAAAAAACAAAAAAAAAACUGCAAUGUCUUCACCGAGCCCAAUAGAGGCACUGGGACAGCUCCUGGCGGAGGUGUCUACUGCGAACCACCAGCAGAUGGAGGCUAUGCAAAGCCAAAUAGCGCAGCAGAGCCAGAUUCUGCGGCCGCUGACCAAGAGGGCCAGAGCGGGGACACCCACAGCAGCGAGGCCGACAUUGGCGGCAGUGGGGAUGCACAGAAUGGCGGAGACAGAAGAUCCGCAAAACUUCAUGGACAUGUUUGAGGCGACAGCAAAAGCAUGUGAAUGGCCGGAGGAAGAGUGGGCGGUGCGGCUGUUGCCGCUACUGGCAGGAGAGGCUCAGCGAGCAGCACUCAGCCUGCCACCAGCGUCCCGGGUGAGCUACCGGGACAUGAGGAGGGCGGUACUGGACCGGACGGGAGGAUCCAAGGAGGACCACAGACGCCAGUUCCGGACCAUGCGACUCGGCCAGGAAGAGCGGCCUUUCGCCCUGGGCCAGCAGUUGAGGGACGCAACAACGAGAUGGCUGCAACCCGGACAAGUCGGGGAGGUGAUCGAGCAGAUCAUUCUGGAACAAUUCCUGGAGGCGAUCCCGGACGUCAGCUUGGAUCCGCUACCAUCGGCCCCAAGGCGUGGCAGCGGCAGUAGCCUUGGCGGAGGACCACCUGUCCGUCCACCGGGAAAAAGGGAAAGAGGAGAAGGCCACAGUAGGGCCCGAUCGCUGUCGACACUGUGUUUCCCCCGCAAACGGCACGUCGAAUGCCUGGGCAGGUGUGCUGGAGGUGUGGGCGGCUCGGACACCUGCAGCGGGAGUGUCCAACCAUGGAGGUGUAGCAGGCGGUCUGACCGGGGCGGGGCAACCCGAAUAUACCACCUCAACCUACUACAAGGUUGGAGGGAGGCGGAGCCUGUCUCCAUGGUGACGGCGAUAGCGGAGUGUGAGGAACUGGGUCCGGAGGUUCCCUCCUCCCCCCGGCCCUUCCCUCUCCGCUGUGAUAAUCAUCUUACGGCGUCACAGAAAGCAGAUGUGGCCAAUUUGCAGCAGCAUUUUGCUGACGUGUUCUCCCCCCUGCCAGGCCGCACAAACCUCACCCAGCAUCACAUAGAGACCAGCCCAGGCGUGAUGAGACUUAUGGACCGGGUACUGCGGCCCCACGCGGCAUAUGCUGCCGCCUAUCUGGAUGAUGUCAUCAUCCAGGGGAACAACUGGGCGGGGAAUAUGCAGAGAGCGGUUUGUGGUCUCCUGGGUAUCGUCACGGUGGUCCUCGACUUGAUAUCUCUUUAUGUCGGCCUCCGGGAUCAUAUUGACAUCUCAUUUGUGUUCCUAACAGUCCAGUCCAAGCACAAAAACCCAUCCACCAAAAGCAAGAGUCAGCUCUCGGGGGAAGAACUGCUUAAUAGAGAACCAAGUUUACUUGAUGGUUGA